CGGACUGAGGCCCUCGAGCACUGUCAUUAGCUGGGCACACGUUCACUAAAUUAUGACUAAUUAGCUGUUAGCACGCCUCAUAAAUAUGACCUUUUAUUGCAGCCAGCGGUCGUUGUUGUGACAUUUCUUUUAGGCUGUCUGUCCACAUCAUGGCGUUUUCCCUGAGAAACGAAGCCCGCAGGCCUGAGAGCCCGGACACCGAUUCUCCGGCACUGUCCACCUGCAGCAACGCAGACAUCUUCCGCAGGAUGAACACUAUGCUGGGCAACGCUCUGGAUUUCACCGGUGUGUGCACCACACCCAACACCAAGGGAAAACCAAACCUGAUGUCCGAGUCGGACCUGGCUGCAGUGGGCAGCAGGAGGAUGCUUUUCCCAAACUGCGAUGCCAUGCCUGGCUCUCAGGACAUGUCGUUGUCCAGGGACCCGUCGGGUGUCACAGACCUGGGCCUGGGUCUUCAGUCUCUCCGUCUGUCUGGCUGGGACAAACCUUGGAGCAGCCAGGAGGCAGAUACACACACCUCCCCAUCUCACGUUCAAACCAGCUCACCCUCCAUGUUGGGUCUACUGAACAGUCCCUUCAGUGGCCUCCUUGGAAAGCCCCCAGGCUACCUGCCCCCCGAUUCCAUGAGCAUGACGGCUGACUUUCUGGAGAAGUUUCCCGGUGUUGCUCGUAUGGCAAACCGUCUAGACUCAUGCUCCUUUUUGGACUCUCGCUCCAGCAGUCCUGAAGACUCGGAGACCAGUGGCUUCAGCUCUGGCUCAGAUCACCUGUGUGACAUGUUGUCCACUUUGCGGAUUUCCCCUCCCCUGCCUUAUCUCACGUCAAACGUGCAGAAGGACCUGCUGCGACUGGGCUCUCGCCUGGACCCUCAGGACACUAGCUCUCCUCUGACCCCUCCAUCCAGUGCCAGCCCUUCCUCCUUGGCUAUUUCCCGUCGCUGGCGUGGUGGCUCUUCGUGGCCAGGUGCAGAUGUACUUGAUCAGCCAGAGGAUGCUUUCAGCAUUGAGAGGGAAGCCCGCCUGCAUAGACAGGCUGCAGCUGUGAAUGAGGCGACAUUCACCUGGAGUGGACAGCUGCCUCCCCGUAACAAUAAAGAUCCUCUUUACUCCUGCAAGGUCUUUCUUGGUGGUGUACCUUGGGACAUCACGGAAGCUGGCCUGAUCAACACCUUCAGUGGUUAUGGCCCGCUGACUGUGGAGUGGCCGGGUAAGGAUGGAAAGCACCCUCGCUGUCCUCCCAAAGGUAAUGUCGCCAAAGGCUACGUUUACCUGGUGUUUGAGAAUGAGAAGUCUGUCCGGGCUUUGCUCCACGCCUGCUCCCAGGACCCGUUUCACCCUGAGGACAACAGAGAGUACUACUUCAAGAUGUCCAGCCGCAGAAUGCGAUGCAAGGAUGUGCAGGUGAUACCCUGGGUGAUCUCUGACAGCAACUACGUCCGUUGCCCUGCUCAACGUCUGGACCCGAGUAAGACUGUGUUUGUUGGCGCGCUGCACGGCAUGCUGAAUGCUGAGGCGCUGGCCAGCAUCAUGAACGAUCUCUUUGGAGGAGUCAUGUAUGCUGGCAUCGACACGGACAAGCACAAGUACCCAAUAGGCUCUGGACGUGUCACUUUCAAUAAUCAGCGCAGUUACCUGAAGGCUGUGUGCGCAGCAUUUGUGGAGAUUAAAACACCCAAGUUUACAAAGAAGGUUCAGAUUGACCCCUACCUGGAAGACUCCAUGUGUCAAGUUUGCCUUCGCCAACCUGGACCUUUCUUCUGCAGAGACCAGGCCUGCUUCAAGUACUACUGCCGCUCCUGCUGGCACUGGCAGCACUCAAUGGACAUCUUAAGCAACCACCGGCCCCUCAUGCGCAACCAGAAGAACAGGGACUCCAGCUAGAGGAGACGGAUUCAGAGUCCCUGAAGGGCCAGAGGAGGUGCCCGUCUGCACGGGGCAAGGCUGCCCGCCAAGGAGAGCACGUGUGCCAGACCUCCGGUACAAGGAUACCAUGGCACACCACCAGGCACUGGGGAUAUCACUAUAGAAAAUGUUCACUUUUGCACUUGCUACAUUUUUGCUGUUCACAGUGGCACUAUGCACAGUGACCUUGUUGGGAAAGACAAGGGGCCCUUCACUCUUAUGCAUUUUCCCAGACUUGUGGCCAGAUGGAAAGAUGGGAGUCAGCCUAAGGUUAAGAAGUGGAUGAAAACACCAUUUCUUUAAAUUUUUUUUUUUUUCGUUUACAUGUGUUGCAUAGUGAAGAGCAAUCACGCAAGUCUCAUUGCCGUUCAUUGGCAAACGCCAUACAGUGCCUUUAAAUUUUUAUUUUCCCCCCCUCCCCCUACCCCCAGUUGGCAUCAGUUUUUUCCUGUGCAAGCCAACUGGUGUUUCUUACUUUUGGGAGUUGAAUGUUGGGCUUCAUUUAACCAGUCGCAUUUCAGACAUUUUUACGCAGUUUUUUACUAAUUUGUACACAAACGGUUUUAAGUCAUGACAUGAAAAUUCUGAACAAUUAUACCCAGUGGCUGUUUAUGGGAAAACCCCUUUUUUUUUUUUUUUCCUGGCUUUUUUUUUUUUUUUUUUUUUUAAUUUGCCCUCCCAAAUUUCAACUGAAUGGGCACAAAUUGUUGGAUGUACUACUUCGACUUUGUUGGUCCAGUUAUAUUAAAUGUAACGGUAGUACUGGAUAACUCAACUGGUAAUCCAUUUUCUUUUUCCAAGCAACUGAUGGAUCUUGAUGAAAGUACAGUGAGCAAAUCAUUUGUACAUAGUUUGAUUUUUGUUUUUGCACUUUUUAAUUUGCACGUGUGGAGAGGUGGCAGUGGUUUUUAAUCACUUUUUGUACAUCGGCAGGGGGACAUGCCUAUGUUAGAACAGCUGCUUGUUUCCUGUUGAAUGUAAGAACUUCCACUUAGCUGAUGAUAAAUUAUCUAUCCCAGAGCUUGAGUAGACCAGUACAUGAUUCAAUGCUUUCUUAUCCCAUUUUGCCUUCCUGUUCCAGUUGGACAUAAAUGCAUAAUAAGCUGUGUGCCAAAGACGAAGUGUCUUUUCUUUAUCCAUUAGGUUUGUCAUGCUGAGCUUGUUGUCCCUUAGCCCAGCUGCUUUUUAGAGUUUUGAAAGUCUACCUCAUUGUGGUCUGCCAAGUUUGCUGCUACUUAACAGUUGUGGAGUAUGUUCAGAUUGGGCACAAUAAAGGUGUUUAAGCAUUA